GCAAAUAGAACCAUGAAUUACAUUCAAGUGCAGAGCGACUUGGAGGAAGCGUGCGCCGACUUCCAGGUCCCCUCAACCCGCUUUGCCGCCGAGCAGCGGCUGCAAGAGUUUGGCAAGCGACCAGAUGCAAUUCCUGCUGGCAAACACAUCCUUGCAAAUUCAAAUGUCCCCACUGCACAGUUUUUCGCCCUGCGUGGGAUCAAGGAUGCGGUGGUUACCAGCUACGCGAUGCUUGGGUUGGCAGACGCGCUCUCUCUGCGGGACGAGCUGCUGCAGAUGGCCAUAUCUAACAGCCGCAACUUUGAGGCAUUUGUGCUUGAUUCGCUGUGCUGGGUCAUUGCGGUCGUAACAAAGCGUGCGUGGGUUGAGACACCUGAGGAGAAAAAGACGGCAUUUACGCAGACUCUGUACGAUGAUAUCGUGAGGCACAACAAACCCAGCAUCGGCAUCAUCACCACCACAUACCUGAUCGACGAGUUUGCCGGUGGUAGCAAGUGCUCAGAGUUCCAUCUGCCAUGGGAGUUCCACUACUCGUGCAAAGCGUCGUUCGAGAACACGCACAUGCGCCAUCUGUUUGAGGCAGCACUGAAUGUCCUGCACAAUCAGCUGCAGCAGGCUGUGAAGGCGGAAAGGGAGCCUCGGUCAAGCGGAUAUGCCAUCACAUUUGAGCGGAGAUCGGCCUUGAAUAUUGCUGAGAAGGUGCUCAACUGGGAUUUUACCUCCAGCGACGCAAACAAGGUCAUUUCGGCGUCAUUUGGUUAUUCUAGAAACGCAGGAAAGCAGUCCACGUCAAGUGGCAGAGGGUCUGACAGCCAUGCCAACCGUAGUGGCAUGAGCGGGUUUGGCGGUGACGAUGACGACAGCGGUGAGGGUGCGUUCCUUGAAAACGAGGAUCAGAACCGGUCACCUGCGUUCCCAGAAAUUUGGCGCCAGAUUCUAGUCAACAACGACGUGAUCACCAUGUUCUUCUCUGUGUACGAGGUCGCCUUUAAGGAUCGCCAGCACGCGCAUUUUUCGCCCGGCAGCACACACUUGGCUCUACAGUGCAUUAUCCAGCUUUCUGGUCUGCGCGGCACCGAUCUUUUUGGCAAGGGUGAGGAAGGCGACAGAUUGCGCGCGGAAUACACGCGGGCAAUAAUGCGCAGUCAGCUGCAGAUGAUCCGCCAUAUCUGCUCGAUGAAUCUGACAUCCGAGGGUGCCGAGGACGACGUCAUGGCCACGACGCAGAUGGUCCGGCGGCUGAUUGAGACGCAGCUGAGCGAACAACCGUCAACCGUUGUGGACAACCAGAGACUGCACUCACUGGCGUUCCUGAUCAUUGGCGUGCCUGAGGCGAUCGAGUAUUUUGGCCAGGUCACGGCGUUAAUAUGUAUCCUGCUUCAGACAGCGUGCAAUGUGGUGCAGUCUGACAUGGUGCGGCAAGUAGAUGAGGAUUUUGGCGACGUUGACAACUACUUUGUCAUGCAGGCAUUCGAUGAGCUGGCUAACGCGUGGUCGUCGGUUAUCAACGAGGUUCGCGAGUGGGAGGAACUCGAGUCUGCCAACCCUGGGCAGAACAGUGCUUCAAGCAACAAAGGUGCGCUAGGCACAUUCAUGCAGCUGCUUCAUUCGACUGCGUUCAUGAUUCGCAGCGAGUACGUUCGCCUGCGCAUGCUGGUAUGCGAGAUCGGUGUACAGUCGGGCGACAAUGACAGCCAGGGGUCGAUCAUGGACCAGGGGCUGCUGGAGAAGGACUAUGUUGUGUAUGAGGACCAGCUGCAGUUCUACGCGCUGCUUGCACGGCUCGAUGUGAACACAGCAACAGAUCGGGCGCUGCAGGGGCUGCGUGGGCGGUGUCAGGCGCUGCAAGAGGAGUUUAGCAAAAUCGAGGCCAACGAGAACGAUGUCGACCAGCAGGUCAUCGACCUUCUACAUGAACAGAUCCACUGGAUUAUCCUGAUGAUCGGGCAUACACUUGCAGACUCUGGAACGUCGGAGCGGGUGCUGAUUCCUAGACAGAUCACAGAGUACUCAUCCAGCUGCAGCUCUCCUGAAGAGGACAGCGUCGUGCAGUGCAUCAUGGUGAUUCUAGAGACACUGCAGUUCGAGCUGAUGAGCCCGUCGUCGGCGCUGGUCGCGUAUUGCAGCCCGCUACUGGUUGAGACGAUUUUCUGGACUCUGCGCCGAAUUGCCCCAGUGUACCUGUUCCUCGACCACUCUGACUAUCGUGAUGUCAGCGGAAAUAUUGUAUCGGCAUUUGGAGCCGAGCGGGACAGCGGCCGUGGCAUGGCCAUCAUUCAUGGCCUGCUUGAUCUUGUGCGCCGCACGUUCAACCUGUGGUCAUCAGAGGAAGAUGUGCUUCAUGCGUGCGUGGACAUGCUACUGGCAUUUGCCCAGCGGCAGACUAUUGCGCAAGAAAUUACUCGUUCGCCACAGUUCACGCCGCUGAUCUUCUUCUUCACCAGCAACCUCAACAUGUUCCCCGAGUCCACGCACAGCUCGAUUAUCGAGGCGCUGGCAUUGCUUUCCUGUCAUUCAUUGUCAGAGGAGCACGAGAAGAGCUUUUUGGAGCUCAGGACCCUGAUUAUGCUCAGCCUGAGCCAGGUGAUGAAUGACGCCAACUUCCACACAGAGUACCAAGAUGGGCGUGUUAUCAGCAAGAUCCUUGAUGGGCUCGAGAUGAUGGACGGCAUUCUGCAGGCAGCCAGCUUGCGCAACAUGGAUAUGCAGUUUGACUUGUUCUUUGAGGUUGAACAGGUUAUCGAGCGGCUGCUAACGAUAUAUAGCCACGAGCACAGCAUCAUGCUCAAGUCGAUCCAGGUUGUCGAGUCGGCCGCAAAGUACCUGGACAUCGCUUCGCUGCCAGAUAAUGAGCACAAGCUGCGGUUCUCGCGCAAUAUCCGCACUAUAUUGCUGAAGUAUCAGAGCGCUAAAGAUGGGUCUGCUACCUACGAGGUUGGCGCCGAUGUCGAAGCGAUGCUGGAGGUAUCUGCGCUGAUGACAGUCGUGUCCAACUUGGUGCGCAACGAGAUUGGGUUCGCUCCCGACGAGGCGAGCCGCAACAUGGACAAGGAGGUAUCUGAUGACUAUGGCGAGACCGAGAUGUUUGGUCUCUUUUGCGUGCAUGUAACCACAACGCCAUCGCAGCUGCUGGCACCAAACGUGAUGCGCUCUUACAUGCAGCUACUGUCCGAGCUGAUCCAGUACCGGACUCCGUCACUGAUCCGCUGGCUGCCUGUCGAGAGCUGGAAGGCAGUGCUGAACAUGCUGAUUGAGGGCAUUGACCACGAUGUGUAUGAUGUCGGCAGCCGCACCUACGAGACAAUCAGCAAGCUGGGUGCGUUUAUCAAGCUAGCCGAUCUGAGCAGCAUACCUAUGGAUCUGCAGCUACUGCUGCGUGAGGGGGUGGCGCGGAUGUUGGGCAAGCUGCUUAAGGCUCUGCUGUUCUCCCCAUUUGACUCGGACCUUGUUGAGUCGGCGGGCACAGCCCUCGUCACGCUUAGUCUGAUUGAGCCUGCGCACCUGCAGCAGUGCUUCAGUGAGCUCCUCACACAGAGCGACUCGACUACGUUUGCUGAGCGGCUGUCGGCGACGUUCGCCAAGUUCAACGCCGAUCUUUCAACGUCAGAGGCGAUCAGCAACUUCCAGAACUCGACCGCCCCGAUCCCUAGCCCAAUCGACGGAACCCUGCUUCGACAGCCGCUGUUUGAGUUCCUGGUUAAUACCCGCGCAGUGCUGCGUGUCAAGUAAACCCUUUUGUGAUAUUCACUAUUGGCAAUAUCAUCUGCUUUCCAACUGGCAUCUAAAUGCGAAACCAGCGCUUCGUUCCUCUUCAUUACGCUGGUCUAGACACGUUUUUGGAGACUUUGCUGAUGUUGUAGCUGUUGCCAGGGUGGAGUCCGCGCUGCAAUAUGCAUAAAAAGGGAUUCUGUAU